AUAGAAAGAGAGAGAGAAACAAACAGACCAGACCAUGCCCCCUCGAUCGGCCACUCGUAAGAAAUCGACAUGGAAAUCGAAACAAUCGGAGCUCUUCUUGAGUCUGGCCGACCAGAUCAACACAGUGCCGGAGUCGGAACACAAAGGCCAAGAAGCUCUAUCUGCUGCGGUGAAGGACGAAGGCGGCGAACAGGCGGCGCCGCUGAUGAUCGCCGGAGUGGAAAUCAAGCAAGAACUUAGGGUUUUAGACUCAAAUUAUGCAGACAAGGCUGUAAUGAGUACAGCAGUGGAAACGAAGGUUAAGGAGGAGGAGAGGAACGUCAAUGUCAAUCCUGUGAGCUUUAUGGAGGAUGGAGAAAGAAUGGAGGGUGAUCAUGACAAGUUUGACAAUGCAGCUGAGGAAAAAGAAGUAGAGGGUGAACAGAAUGAAGGAAUACAUGUUGUUGCAGAACAGAACUCAUCUGAAGAAGGAACUGCUGCUGCUCAAAUUGAUGAUGCUGAGGCAUUUGUAGACAAUGACAAUUUUCCUGUUCUCAAUGAGCGUAGUGAUGGGCAAGAAGGGGGUGAGGUGGGUGGAAAGGAUGAGGAAGAUAUGGAUAGAUUUGAACGCACCGGUUAA